GACUUCUGCUUGCUCUAUUACUAUAUAUUAAAAUGCGUGGAAUAUAUUCCAGCCGUAUUUAAGUAGUACUCUUCCACUAUUUCCUCUCUCUUUUCUUGGUUUUAACUUUUAAUUUAGUCAUAUCCUUGCACUAUCUAUAUAUAAAAGACAUACAUCCACUCUGAUGGAAUCCACAAAUGGAUCCUUCUUUUCUUCUUCCUUUUUCUUCAAACUUCCAUGCACGUAAAUAAAACAAAACCUUACAUAUAUUCUUUUUCCUCAUACAUAAUAUUUAGUCAUCCACCACUUCAUCGCGAAAAGGAAAUUCUAUUUCUGUAAGACUUGAUCUGAAUCGUAGAGCAGAUUCAAGUUGGUGCUUGCUUUCGUGCUAUUGAGUUUAGUGUUACUGUUAGCAAAGUGAAUUUCUAUGAAGGCAGAGAUGAGAGGAACCUCUACAACCAUUCCACUCCAAAACUCUAGCCUUUUCAACAACCCUCAAAGUUCUCUAGCAGGUGCACUACAAGGAUGCAUUGGGAGCCUUGAUGGAGCAUGCUUGGAAAAACUAUUACUUCAUUGUGCAAGUGCCCUAGAGAACAAUGAUGUAACUUUGGCUCAACAAGUCAUGUGGGUACUCAACAAUUUGGCUUCUUCAAAUGGAGAUCCAAAUCAAAGACUCACAUCAUGGUUCCUUAGGGCAUUAAUUUCGAAGGCUUCUAUGGUUUGUCCUAAUGCCACGAAUUUUCAUGGAAGUAGUAAUCUUGAAAGGAGAUUAAUGAGUGUGACUGAGUUAGCAGGGUAUGUUGAUCUCAUCCCAUGGCAUAGAUUUGGAUUUUGUGCAUCAAAUAGUGCAAUUUAUAAAGCCAUUGAAGGGCAAACAAAAGUUCAUAUAUUAGAUUUUAGUAUCACUCAUUGUAUGCAAUGGCCAACCCUCAUUGAUGCAAUAGCUAAGAGGCCUGAGGGUCCUCCUUCACUCCGAAUAUCGGUGCCUUCAUGGAGACCACAAGUUCCUCCAUUCCUCAAUGUGUCAAGUGAAGAAGUUGGCCAGCGUUUGGCGAAUUUUGCGAGAUUAAGAGAAGUCCCUUUUGAAUUCCAUGUGGUUGAAGAUUUGAACUAUGACACUUUCUUGAGCCAAUUGAGUCCUUCAACUCUUCAACUUAGAGAUGAUGAAGCUUUGGUUGUGAAUUGCCAAAAUUGGUUAAGGUACUUGCACGAUGAUGAACAAAUUAAAGGUGCAAUUUCUUCUCGUGACAUAUUUCUCGAUAGGGUUAAGUAUUUAAACCCUUGUAUUGUGACUAUUGUUGAUGAAGAUUGUGAUUUGGGGAACUCAAGUACUUUAACAUCAAGAAUUGCCACUUGUUUCAACUAUCUAUGGAUACCCUUUGAUACCUUGGAGACAUUCUUGCCUAAGGAUAGUAGACAAAGGCUAGAUUAUGAAGCUGAUAUUGGCCACAAAAUUGAGAACAUUAUUGGAUUUGAAGGGAACCAAAGGAUAGAGAGAUUAGAGAGUUGCAACAAGUUCUCACAAAGGAUGGAAAAUAGUGGUUUCAUUAGUGUUCCUUUUAGUGAGGAAACAAUUAAGGAAGUGAAGUCAUUGUUAGAUGAGCAUGCAAGUGGGUGGGGCAUGAAAAAAGAGGAACAUGACAUGCUUGUAUUAACAUGGAAAGGGCACAACUCUGUAUAUGCAACAUCUUGGGUCAUCAUCCCACCUCAUAUGGACAUGAGGAUUCAUGAGUAGCUUAUAAUAUAAAGGGUAGCUAGUUAUAUUUUUUUUUUUUUUUUUUUUUUUAUAUUCCUUUGCUCCAUUGGUAACUCAAACUCACAACCUCAAAGUAGAAAGUGAGGGGUGCUUACCAUCUGAGCAACUCCCUCUUGUCGGGUUGCUAAUUCUAUACUUUUACUUCCAAGUGGUUUUUAAAUGUAUAAUAGCUCUUUAAUUAAAGUAGCUUUGCUAGCUAGGGACCAAAAUUGAGAUGAAGUUUCAUCCUCAGUGUGGUCCAUUGGAUGAGAAGUGACAAGAUUAGAUUUGGUGCUGUAAUGUAAACAAGACAAGGGCUAAAUGCUAGAAAUGCAAAAGAAACUUUUGUUUCA